CGUUUGACAUUUGCUUUACGGGGUUUUGUGACAAAUUUGUCAAUUGACACGUUUUUGUUAUUUAUGGGUUGAAAUCAAAUAUGUUAUAAAUUGUUGAAAUUAUAAUAGUUUCCAGAAACUAUGCUAAAAUGGCAACCCAAAUUGAUGACUGCCACUGGUUAACUGAUCUGGAAAAUGCUCUUCAGGAAGAGUGCUCUGCAGCCGAUAUUUAUUGUAUUUGCAAAGGAAAGGCCUUACCAGAAAACCUAAGGUCUGAAGUAUGGCAGAUAUGCUUAGAUGUUCGUGAUAAAGGCAACCAAUUAGAUCAAUUCAACGAAGUUUAUGACCUACCAAAUCAAAACAUUCUGCGAGAAGAUUGUACUAAUUUUGUAUCAAAAUUAGGAAACGAUGAAGAAGACAGACUAUCCGUCACAUCUGACUUGGAAUCUAUCCUCACUUUCUACUGCAAAACAAGGAAUAUUCCUUACGUUCGCAAUAAUGGCUGGAUAGAGUUAUUAGCCCCUAUACUCACAUUGAAAUCGCCACGCUCCACCACCUAUAAUUUAUUUGAAGCAGUAAGAGAUACUUACAUUCCUCAGAGCUGUCAGAGCGAUGGAAAUGCCUUUCAUAUUCUAAGGCUACUGCUGUUGUACCACGACCCAGAACUGUGCUCCUUUUUGGAUACGAAACGAAUAACUCCUGAACAGUAUUGUUUUUCUUGGUUCCAAUCGCUUUUUGCUGCAACAUGCAGCUUGGAGGUGGUUUUGAACAUGUGGGAUUACUAUUUCCAGCAGUCUGAUCCGUUUUUUAUUUUCUUUUUAUCCCUGAUUAUGGUAGUGAAUGCCAGGGAUCAAAUCAUUUCCAUGAAAAGUGAAUCCCGGGAGAAAAUAAUAACUUGUCUUAUGAACAUGCCCUGUGGUCUUGAAGCCGAUGAUGUUUCUGAUUUUUGCACUUUAGCGCAAUAUUACGCACUGAAAACUCCAGUUUCAUUCAGGAAUGAUUUGAUGCAGAACCUGUACAGCAUGAAAGGAGACAGUUCAAUAUCGGUUUCGCAAGCUUUGUGUUUGCCAGUAUCUGUGCAUGAGUUGGUAGAGAACACUGCGCAUGAGACAACAAAUAUUGAUGCUGUAAGGUUUUUUUUGGUCGAUUGUCGGCCUAUAGAGCAUUAUAAUGCAGGACAUUUGCCAACGGCCUUCCAUUUGGACUGUAAUCUAAUGUUGCAAGAACCAAGUGCUUUCGCUACUGCCGUUCAGGGACUGCUUAGUGCCCAGAGACAGGCUUUGGCCCACAAUUCAAGAGCAGGUGGGGAACACUUGUGCUUUCUUGGAUCAGGCAGGAAUGAAGAGGAUCAAUUCACUCAUAUGGUGGUAGCUUCAUUUCUCCAGAAACACACCCAGUAUGUUUCUUUGUUGAGCGGAGGCUACAUAGCCGUGCAUAACUAUUUUUCGGAUAACAUCGAAGACUUUUUGCAGGACCACAGCCCUAAAAAUUGUAUAGUGUGCGCUCCUAGUUAUUUAUCGAAGAAUUCUCAAGAUAAUUCCAAGGCGUCAGCAUCCAUUCAUUUAUUCGGAAAACUUUCGGAAGCGAUGAAGUCAAAAUCUGCUGAAGUGAAGGGGAAACUGAUUGACUACAUUGUCAAUCCUAAUGCUAGCCCUGUGCAGGAGAGACACGUUUCCAGCAACGACAAAAUGGGAAAAAGAUACAGAGAUGUGGCGCCAGUAUUCAGUAUUGAUGAUGAUCACGAUAAUGUGGCUAAUGUUGAGCACCUCGAUGCAGAUGAUCAACAGGAGUUAGUGCAAAUACAAGCAUAUUUGAAGAAAUCUGAGGUGAUCGAACAUUUCCCUUGUCAAGAAGUGAAACUCAACGGUUUCAUGUAUAAAAGUCAUUUGAUAGUUACUCAUACCGAACUCAUUGUCCUGCGAGAAAUUCCAAACAUAAAAGGUUCAGCAGAAAUAAUCGUCAAAAGACCACUGUCUGCGAUAGUAAAAAUUACUGCUCGAAAACGUCAUCCCGAACUCAUCACAUUCAAGUACGGGGUACCUGAUGGCGAGAAUCUGAAAAUCUCCGAUAUGGAUCGGUUUCUGAUCCCCAAUGCAGACAAGGCCACGAAAGUUGUAUCUGACCAAAUCCUUAGUCAACUCAAAGGAAAGGAGUGAUUUAUUUAGGAAUAAUUUAAUUUAUUUUUAUUAGGUCUAUUGUAUUUAUUGUGCAUAUUGAUUAAAAGUUACUACAGUAAAAAAUAUAGUGAUGAAGUUGUAUAUUGUUCUGUUGUAUGUUUUUUCAAUAUAUUUUAGGAGAAA